AUGACGCCACGGCUCUUGCAUUUACAGCCACAUUACAGCCAUCCUCCGUGUAAAAGACCGGUCAGUUUUUUGUUUUGCCCCCGCCAAAUCGUCAUUGAGUUUGAACAAUGACGAAAACUCUGUAUGUUCAUUUACAGUCUUAUAUUUUAAUUUUUUGUAGUGAUAUGCUUUUUUAUUAAACUAUAACGAUGAUAUUUAGAAAUUGAGUGAUAAGGAACUGAAGAAAAAAAUUGCUCAGAUGGAUUCAAAGCUCCAAACACUAAAAGCCAGCCUCGAAGCCAGAAGUCUAAGCUCAGAAACCACUGUGGAACCAGGAGACAAUGAAGUUCCCAAACGUCAAGUGUCCAAAGCUGACAGUAAGUCAUUAUUAAGUUUUAGCAUGAUCAAGUUUUACCCAAUUUUAAGGUUCCUUAAAAUAAAUAACUAGCCAUAAAAAUGAUUCUAUUUAAACGUUAAGUUUUAGAUUUUGUGCCGUUAUCCGCGUUAGUGGACGAUGAAGAUGAUGAAGAUCCGGAAAUUUCAAAUCAAGACGCACACACGCAAACCAACGAAACCAAAGGCGUUAACAACACCGGACUCUAUAUUGGUAGCCUACAGAGUAAGAUGCAAUGUUUAUUUUCAAAUUAAUUUACGAUUAAUAUAUUUUUUAUUCAAUUUCCUUGUUAACUAAUGAAUAAAUUAACUUUUUAAAUAAUGAAUAAAUGUUUUAGCUUCCGGUACAAAAACCCAAUCAUUCACCCAAAAUAAUGUAAGUUAAAUUUAAAUUAAAGUCGAUAUAGAAUACACUUUAUAAGACUUUAUUUUAAGUAUAAAAUAAUAGUAGAACUCAUAUAAUACAAACUUAUUACAGGCCAACCAACCGAAGUAGUUCAACUCCGACCUUUAUCACCAAGCUCUUAG